ACGGCGCGGCGGCAGUGCCACGUCCCGUGUGUUUGGGAGGCCGCGGGCGGGCGGGCGAACUGACGGAGAGAGUGUGUGAGUGGUGCAGUGUUCCGCUUCGGUGAGUCGGCGGUGCCGUGCAGCCUCGGCUGUGCCUGCGAUCCUCAGUAGGGGUGAAGAUGAAAGCAUUAAUUUUGGUUGGCGGCUAUGGUACACGGUUACGACCGCUGACGCUCAGUGUUCCAAAACCACUGGUGGACUUUUGCAACAAGCCAAUUCUUCUGCAUCAAGUAGAGGCUUUAGUAAAGGCUGGUGUAUCACAUGUGAUUCUUGCUGUCAGCUACAUGUCCGAGAUGCUGGAGAAGGAAAUGAAGGAACAGGAACAGCGGCUGGGUAUUCGCAUCUCACUGUCUCAUGAAAAGGAACCCUUAGGAACAGCUGGACCUCUUGCUCUGGCCCAUGAGCUGUUUGCCGAUAGUUCAGAGCCUUUCUUUGUCCUAAAUAGUGACGUAAUCUGCGAGUUUCCCUUCCAGGAGAUGGUCCGUUUUCACAAGCACCAUGGGAAGGAAGGUACCAUAGUGGUUACUAAAGUGGAGGAACCAUCCAAAUACGGGGUGGUCAUAUAUGAAGCCGAGAUUGGGCGAAUACACAGAUUCGUGGAGAAGCCUCGGGUGUUUGUGUCGAACAAGAUCAAUGCAGGAAUGUAUAUCUUCAGCCCCACAAUUUUAAACAGGAUACAGCUCAGGCCAACAUCAAUAGAGAAGGAGAUUUUCCCCGUCAUGGCACAGGAGGGGCAGCUGUAUGCCAUGGAGCUGCAAGGAUUCUGGAUGGACAUCGGGCAGCCCAAAGACUUCUUGACUGGAAUGUGCAUGUAUUUACAGUCCCUACGACAUAAAGCACCGGACAGACUGCACCAAGGGCCUGGAAUUGUUGGAAAUGUGCUGGUGGACCCAAGUGCUCAGAUUGGAGAGAAAUGCGCCAUUGGUCCCAAUGUGACGAUCGGCCCAGGAGUGGUGAUUGAGGAUGGAGUGCGGAUAAAGCGCUGCACAGUUCUGAAAGACUCGAGGAUUCGCUCCCAUUCCUGGCUGGAGUCCUGCAUCAUUGGCUGGAGCUCUGAUGUGGGUCAGUGGGUGCGAAUGGAGAAUGUUGCAGUGCUGGGAGAGGAUGUGAUUGUGAAAGAUGAACUCUACUUGAAUGGAGCCAAUGUCCUACCUCACAAGUCUAUUGCUGACUCUGUGCCCGAGCCCAAGAUCAUCAUGUAGAUCACGGCUGUGCCUGAGCCCAAGCUGAAGGGCUGAGCUCUGCCAGUUGCAACAAGGUGGAAUGGAGCUACUAAUGAAGUUAUGAAUAAGGGUCUGGGUACUUUGAAAACUCACCUUGCUGAACCUGAAUCGGACAGCGACAAAUCACUAACAAUGCUGUUUAAACUGCAUCAUAUACCCAUGCGUGUGAAGAGAGUUCCGCUUAAAAUGGUUGCGAUUUGAUUUGCCUUAAAUACUCGCAACUUGGAAUUACUCCCUGUCGAGGGAGUAAGUCUGAUACAAGAUUGGAUCCAGUAAAUAUCCUAGGGAGGAUGGCUUUUAAAAUAUUACUUGGGAAAGAUGUGCCCCCUAAAAGCAAAGCACUCAUUGUGUUUACUCUUGAACCUCACUUACUGACUGUUAUAACAACUCUUUAACAGUGUGUGUGUAAUUUAACCACUGAAUUUGUCUGAUUCACUUGAUGAAAUGGCAUGUUCUUUAGAACGAUCUUGAAGUCUGCAGUCUUUGCUUGUUAUAAAAGUGAAAGGAUAGAAAGCCCAUGGUCAAACCUGAUUAACUAACUGUAUAGAGAUUGGUCUUAAUCCUUGACAUCCAGCAUCUUAAAUGUAGUUUUACAUGGUUAUAACAGGGGUCGAGAAGAAUGUCGGGUCAGAUAUGAUUGCACUGUGCUGAGUCAUGCAAGAUUGAUGCUGCUUGCCUCUAUAAUUUUAGCGUUAACUUUAUUUUCACAUGCAUGUGCAGGCUAGAUUGUUUAGAAAUAUAAGCAAAUACCCAAAUUAAUACCACCUGGGUUUCUCAUGUGAACUAGUUUUAUUAAUUUGUUUACUGUUUCAAAAACUAUACUUUAUUUGGAAUUGUAGAAUUACUUGCUAUCAGAAGGAUCAUUUUGUUUGAUUAGUUGGGUAAUUGGCCAUUGAAGUGCCUGUAAAUGAAUGGAACCUUCUGUUGUAUUUUAUCCAGAUAAAUCCUGAAGUUUUGUGCAAACAUAGUUGAGAAGAACAGUGCAGGCUCUAGCAGUAGUCUUUUCGUCUUUCAAUCUGUUCUAAAUAUAAUCUAACACAAAGGCUCUUAUGUUUGUUUGCCUCUCAUGGUGAUCAAGGAUACUUUUAGCAUUUACAUGGCUGAGAUGGCCAUGUGUUUUUUAAAAUUGAUUAUUUCAUUCUUUGAGGAAUGAUUGAAAGUGGUCAGGGGGAAGUUUCAAAGAUUUAACUCAACAUUCCCUUGCUCGUGUUGCAGCAGGCAGAACUGUCUUUAAUGUUGAUAUGAUUAUAUUGUUAUUGAUUCCUGGUUGCACUAAAUCAUUUCUUCUCCAAUUAACUUUUGCACGUUUUAAAUGAAAUAUGAAAAUUCUGUAC